AUUUGUAGGAAAUGAAAUUUAUGUAAAAUUAUGUUUUUUUUCGAUGGGCCAAUUCGCAGUAUCAAUGAUAUUUAUUUAACUUCUGACUCACAUGCUCUAAUUUUUAAACAGUGGCAAGGCAAGAUCAGCUGUGUUUUUGUUUAUUGCCGGCAUAUCGCAAAAUAUACAAAAAUUGUAUAUUUAUAUUACAAAGUGCAGCGCUUGCCAUCAUUUAACUAAGAAAUUGUUGAAAACAAGAAAGUCAAAAUUAGCGAGGCGAAGGAUAAUACCACACAGGAUGAGGAGAAAACGGCGGAAGAAGUACCAAGCAUUGCCAAACCAGCAGAAGAUGACUCUGCAAGCUCUGGGGAUAGCGAGCUGGACAUAACCAGCGAAAGAUUUGAUCCAUUACGCGCGCUAUAUGCGCCGGAAUACCGCAUUAGAGAGAAACAGCCGAAAGUCAUAUAUCAAAACCUUGCAGCUUUCGAAAGUGCAUUUAAACGUUUUGGCAUUAUGAAUCUGAAUAAGCGUAAUAAUACAGUAGUGAAUAUAAACUUACAAAAAAAGGAUGAUAGUGCGAUGAGUGUUAAACCUGGUAGCUCAAAAGAGCGCCAGGUCAUAGCUGAGGAGGCACAGCAACGCCGUUUCCAGCCGCAUCAAAUGCCUGUAAAGGGAAGUGGACGUAAGCAGAAGGAUACACACAAUAUUUUAACAUAUAUUGAUGGCGUUACCGGGCCAAUGCUAACAUUAAGAGAGUCCAUGAAAGAACAGCGACGUAUACGUGUUAUGGUGCGACGCGAACAUGGUAUUCGUGGCACUUUAGAGGGUGCACUAGUCUGUUUUGAUAAAUUUUGGAAUUUAUGGCUACGCGAUGUGUAUGAAGUUUCUCAGCGUCGUAAAUUUGGAUAUAGUGAAAAUAAAAUGUGUGGGGAACCACAGGAUUGUACAUGGAGAUUAAAGGAGCUUGGUAUUGAAUUGCCAAAGCAAGAGGUGAAGUGCAUUAAUAGAAAAAAUGUGGAAAUCCGAAGACAUCUGCAACAGCUAUUUGUGCGUGGCGAACAAGUCGCGCUUGUAGUAUUACUGCCAACCAACAAAAGUACCGUUCUUCAAAUGGAGACGUGAUAAUUAAUUAACCAGAUACAAAUAUGUAUAAAAAAAAAACAAGGCUAAGCUAUACUCGUUUAUAAACUUUAUA